GGUAGGGGUUUCCCGGUCGUCAUCACUCGAUCGCAUCCCCUCUCCUCGUAGACGUCAUUUCCACACCAUCUUUUUCCAUGCUCUGGCGAUCGAUCGGCACGCCCGGGACUUCUUUUUGCUAUCCAAUUCGAGCAUUUCAAAUCUCGCAUCAUUUCUCACUUUCAUCUUGAUCUUCUCCCCCUCCUUAUUCUGCACGACUUGGACGACCUCGAUAGUUGUGUGGGGCGAGUGAAAUCGAUCUCCCGUCGUCAAGCCUGUUCGACAAACUCCCCGCAAAACGGCCUAAGCCUUAGCCUCGCCGGUCGCUGGGUAACCAGUUCCCACCCCCCUCUUCCUCGAAGGCAAUCCAAGGGCCUUAAAAAGAUCUCCCGAACAGGCUACGCGCAAGACUCAUUAAUUCCCUUACUUGAAAUCUCCGAUUCCUGAAUUCCCCUUAUCUCCUUUUCUCUUCCGUAUUCCCAUCCCCCCCCUUUCACUGCUUUUUGAUUCCCCGCGAACGUCUGCAUCUGCGAACUCUCCGACCUCUUUGCCUCCGCCUCAAUUCACCACGUUCCCGUCAUGGCGAUGGCCGCGCGGCCACAGACCCCCGUGCAGGAUGCAUACUCGAUUCCGCAUCCAAACGAGACAGGGGCCCUGAUCCGCGGAUACAGCACCGUUCGCUCCUCCUCAUCGCGCCCCAGCUCCUAUGCCGGCCCCGGCUCGGCCUUCCACUACAAUAAUCUCGACCAGUCGUCCCAACCUGCCCAUAACCCACGCUUCAAGGAGGACUUUGAGACUGCCAGUCGCCGCAGCUCGGUCUUGCUCGACGGUCCCUCCGGAGGCGGUACUGGGGUGCAGCGCUCAGCCUCGCUCAUGUCCCCCGGUCCGUCGUCGCGUUCAGGCACACUCCGUAAGAAGGCUUCCCUGAGCAAGAAAGGUAGUUUGCGGCGUAAUGGAAGUCGCCGCUCCAUGCGCGCGGGCAGUGUGCGAAGCCUCAGCUUGGGUGAUCGCGAAAAAUACCACUCCGAUGGAAUAGAGGGUGCGAAUAGUGCAUUCAUGGUUCCCAUCCCGACCACGGGCAACCCGACGGAGGUGUUGGCGAACCGCUUUCAAGCCUGGCGCAAGAUCCUCAAGGAUCUUAUCAUCUUCUUUAAGGAGGUACAAAAGUCCUACGAAACCAGAUCGAAGCUCUUCUUAUCCGCCUCCCAUGUGAUGAACAACCAGGUUGCUCUUCCCUCCUUCCUACAAUCUGGCGGCCUCGCCGAUGCGACCGAGAUUCUCCAACAUUUCCACCGCCAGGGAUAUACCGAGGCUAAUAAGGCCGUGGAGGUGGAGAUUGAGGUAAUCAGCCAGUUGACUGGUCUCCGAAGCGAUCUCCAGAAGAAGACCAAGGAGAUCAAAAAUCUCUCGGGUGAUUUUAAGAACACCGUGGAGAAGGAAAUUGACGGCACUCGCAAGGCCGUACACAAUCUGCAUGAGUCGCUAGGCCUGGUGGAUACCGAUCCCUCCGCCACCUCUGGUAAAGGCGAUCCGUUCUUGAUGCGCCUGAAUGUUGAGCGACAAGUCGAAAAACAGAUUGAGGAAGAAAAUUAUCUCCAUCGGGCUUAUUUGAAUCUGGAAAACUCCGGCCGCGAGCUCGAAUCGAUCGUCGUCAGUGAGAUCCAGAAGGCCUACAACGCCUACGCCAGCAUCCUUAAGAGGGAAGCUGACGAAGCUUACGACACGGUGGAGAAGCUUCGUGCGGGUCCGAUUUCGAUGCCACAAGAUCAUGAGUGGAAUGCCUUUGUCGCCAGCACCGAUGAACUGGUCGACCCCCGUAUCCCGCUGCGAAACGUGGAGAACAUCACCUACGACGGCAAGGAUCAUCCGGCAGCAGCCGAGGUGCGCGCUGGUAUGCUGGAGCGCAAGAGCAAGUACCUGAAAAGCUAUACUCCCGGUUGGUACGUGCUAUCGCCGACGCAUCUGCACGAGUUCAAGUCGGCCGACCGCGUGGAGUGGCAGACUCCGGUCAUGUCGUUGUAUCUGCCGGAGCAAAAACUGGGCUCUCAUUCGCAAGGGGAUUCCAGCUCCCACAAGUUCAUGUUGAAAGGCCGCCAGACUGGUGCGAUGCAUCGCGGCCAUUCGUGGGUGUUCCGUGCCGAGUCCCACGAAACUAUGAUGUCUUGGUAUGAGGACAUCGAGAGUCUGAGCAACAAGACUGGUGAAGCGCGCAAUGCUUUUGUGCGUCGACACGUGCGGAGCGUGAGUGGUCGCUCGACCAACAGCGAGGUGUUGGAGGAUGACGAGGCCGAUCAGACCCCGUAUUCCGCCGAGUCCGUGGUUCUGGGCCAGGAACGGCCCACCUCAGCCACCCGCCAGCCCGGCGGGGCCUUUCCGAGUGACGUCCAGAUCGACCGGCAUCUCCAGGCGCCACUAUCCCCAUCCAGCGGUGACAGCUCUGUGGGCAGAGACAUGAUUGUUGCUGCCAGCGUCCUUCCGGAAGGCGACGGGGCUGCAGGUCCUUCCCGAUUUUACGGUGGUCGCGAUUCCGCCACGGCAUCCCCACAGCCUACCAAUGAUGACGGUUCGAUCAAGAUGGACCGGUCACGGUCCCGGCUGAAUCGCCAUGACAGUUACUACGGGGAUUGGAUCGGCCCGACUGCCAUCGUGGCCCAGCAGAAGAAGAGCCAAUUGCCCGAAGCUGCGAACACGGACGCCCGCGAAAUCCGCUCGGACGGAGACCACAACUCCGUGGCGGCCAUGUCUGGUGUCUUAGAGGGUGCGGACCGCCGUGAAUCUUCUGCGCCGCCGCAAGUUGCUCGUCGGGAGAGCGUGUCUACGGUGCCGACCAAUACCAACGGCACCGACUACACCAACAAUACGAUGGCCACCUCGGUCGAUGAGACGCCCCAGUUUUUCAAGAAUGGCGCAGCCGUUGCCAGCGGUUCCUUGCCUGCCCCAAAUCAUGAGGAUGGCUACGGUGCCGCUGGCUCGGCCAAAGCAGUUCCCGACUUGAGCCUGCCCAAGCGAGACAGCGUCAUGGCCAUCGACAUGAAGAUUCCCGGCCGCUAUCCACCAACCAACGUGGCCGCAUGAUCUCCGUCCUGUUUAAUUAUCUCACUUUCCUUUUACAUUUCCUUUUCUUUUCUUUUGUUCCUAUCGUCACUCUCCAAGUAUGCUCUUUCCCCAUGCUUUUCCAGUUUCCGGGCCCGAGUGUCCACUUGUACAUGUAUCAAUUCCCUUUCCCCCAGCACUACCUGUCCACAUUCCCCCUUCCCUCUCUCUCUCAUACACCACAAUGCGUCCUAGACUUUCUUUGGGCGUUUUGGGUCUCAUUCGUUCUGGUGGGGGUUUAUUUUUUGAGAACACCCCGGCGCCCCAGGCCCCGGUUUUAGAUCCGAUUCCCCUUUCCGCCGUAGGCGUUCGGUUCGGGUGUUACAGGCGCGCGGUUAACCGGGGCUCGUUCGAUUCGUGAUUCCCCGGGGAUGCAGAGCAUCCAGGCAUUCGUUUCUUCUCUCUCGAUCUGUGAUCUUUUUUUUUUUUUGGCAUCGUUUGACUUUUUGUUCCCCUGUCUAUUUUCGAGUGAGGAAAUGAAAACGGUUUAGUCUGAUCUCAUAGAUGUUUUUGGGCUGUUGAUGCGUGUAAGAGCUGUGGAGUAGAGUUUAGUAUACCAUCCGUGCCUCGAAUUGGU